AAGUUCAUUUAAGACAGAAGGUUACUCUUCACGUAUGUGGCAGUGUCUUCAUUUUACAAUCUGAUAUGCAUCUAUGAUGAUCAAGCUAAAUGCCCAUGACCCCGUGAACACCACAGGAUCCAAGUUUGAAUCCAAAGUUUUGAACUAUAAAAGUGUCAAAAAGCUUGAAAUCAUCCUUCAUUUAUUAAGACUAAAGCCCUCUUGAGGUGGUUUGUAUUGGGUGACAGAACAGAACCUGUGAAAUGGCUUCAAACAUUGGUCGUGGAUCAUGUGAAGUGUAUCAGAAGCACCUCCACCUCCAUUAAACCAAACCCUUUUGGCCUUUUCUUGCCUUCUCUUUCUUAAAUAUAUAUAAUGACAUCCUCUGCUACCAAAUUUUCACUUGAGCUUCCUCUUACUUUCUUUGAAUUUUCUGGAACUUGGGUAGUUGCUAGAAGAAGAAGAUUAAGAAAAUAAUGAAGAAGAAUUUCAUCUCCUCCUUUGUAGCCUAUAUAGCACUUCUUCUUGCUGUCAUCCUCCUUUCCCUACCUACUAUCAGUAGAAGUAUCCGAUUGACUAUGCCUGAGACUCCAGUGAGCUUCAAGAGUGAAGGAAGCACUAGUGGAACUCCCAAGGAUGGGUUAAAGGAAGAACUUGGAAUGGAGCUGUUCCCAACAGGAUCAAGCUUGCCAGACUGUUCGCACGCAUGUGGGCCAUGCACUCCAUGCAAGAGGGUUAUGGUGAGCUUCAAGUGUUCCAUUGCAGAGUCUUGUCCCAUUGUCUACAGAUGUAUGUGCAAAGGGAGAUACUAUCAUGUUCCUUCAAACUGAUCUAUGCCUCAUGGGGUUACUGUUAUUAUCUCUAUUUGAUUUACAUUGGUUGUGGUUGUGACCUAAUGUAUAUAUUUGAACGAGGGUAAGUUAGUAGUGAAAUCAAAUUUUGUAUGUGUAAUGGUAGAAGGGAUCCCUUUUUACCCUGUCCCUCUUUUUCAUGUAUCUGAUGAAUGUAAGAGCUUGGUUGCUUUUUUAAAUCUAGAAUGUUUCAUUUUAUC